AUAAGUGUGUACUUCCUCCUGUGUUUUCACAGUGUUACUGUUAGAGAUAUCUUACAAGAGUUAACAGCUUUUGGGAGAGUAUCUGCAGACUAGAGUGAUUUAAGGAUCUGGCGAUCAGCCUCCCUUCACAUGCUGCAGCAGCAGCAGGGGUGAGCACAGACGACAAGGAAAGGUUCAUUCUUGAAUCUGACCCCAGGCAUGCUCAAUACGGUGGGUUUACAGUCAGAACCAUCGUUCUUGAACAGUCUGAAGCAGUUUUGAGCGCUGAGUGUUUGGUAAAUACAGUGGAUGUUGGUGUGGAUCAGGCAGCACCCCCUCUGCAGUGGGGCUGAAAUGGUUGGUGCCACAGUGAUUAGCUGCUGAUGUUCGAGCCUGUGGUUUAUGUCCUGUUAUUUCCAGUGUGUGUCCGACAGCAGAGCAGCAGCACAGCCACAAGCUCCAGAGGUCUCCGCCUGGCUCUAGAGAUGCCAAUCGUCACUGACACCUGCUAACCGGACCCUGUGGAAUUCAACACUUCACUCUUCCUGUUUGGAGAUGUCCGGUCAGGGACCAGCCAACAAGCGGACCUCCUGGUCCAUUGAUCUGGCGGGCUAUCAGCUCUAGAGUGUAAGGUUUCUAGUGUAGCUGAGGCAGAUCACACACCAAGACUGCUGGAUACUGAUCACACUCCGCAGAUGAAAUUCAGAGAUAGGCAGCGGUUUUUUGAAGAUGUAUUCCAGCCUGAUGCAGAUUUCUACCUCACUGCUGCCCACCUGCAAAUUGAGCACCGGAGACCACCAAUCGGGAGUGUCUCCUCCAUGGAAGUUAACGUGGACAUGCUGGAGCAGGUGGAUCUAAUGGACAUGUCCGACCAGGAGGCACUUGAUGUGUUCCUCAACUCCAGCAUGGAUGGCUGUGAGGCAUCAACACUGCCAGAUGAACAGUUUUACAAUAGUGAGAUCACCAUUAAAGUUCCAAACUCUGCAGAAAUAAAAUCUAGGAUGUCAUCCACUUCAUCCAAUUCCACAGAUCCCAACAGUUUGGAGCUAAAUAACGGUGACGAGACCCCGAUUGUCCAAUCUGAUGAGGAGGACGUCCAAGUGGAUACUGCACUACUCACACCAAACAAAGACAAGGAUACUGAGACACAAGCUGGAAAUGAAAGCUAACAUUUUGUCUAACAUCGCACGCUGAAUAGCUCUUAUCAACAAAACGUCUUUAUGUAAAGGGGGCUGAAGCACGAAUGAUAGAGACGCUGUGGGUACUUUCUAGCUUAUUGUUUCACUGAAUAGAUGAUCAAGUCCCACCACCAACUCCUAGUCACCCACAUAUUCCUAAUCCCACUCAUACAAUUCCAAUCACAUACACUCCCAGUCACACACACACUCCCAAUCACACACACUCCAGUGAUACACAUAUUCCUGGUCACAGACACACUCCAAGGACCCCCCAGUUAUGCAUGAAGCCAGUGAAACACAGCUCCAUUAAAGACACAGGCAGAUCCAACAUAUAAUACUCCUGUAAAGAUUAAAAAUAAGUAGUGAGUCUUGCACACAGCCAAGAUCAUGGAUGUAAUAAAAGCAUGUAGACACAGUCAGGUGUAGAACCUCUGAUUUAAGGCGCCAAUUAGCAACACGCCAUAUCAUAGGGGGCUAAUAACCCAUGGGACCAAUCAUAUUUAGACAAAUGAUACACAAUGCGAAUGGUGAUACCAAGCACUCCUAGCCAGAGACAAGCUAACCAAUCAUCACUAUAGCAACAGCCCACUGUCAACUUUCUAACACAAGACUACUGAAUGCAUCCUUUAACACUAAGAAAUGAUGUCUGAAAAUGUGGCCUUAGAAUGAGGAACUGACAGUCUGUUGGAACUCAGUGAGCUGUCAAUGAAAUUAAACCAACAUUAGAAAGAGGACAUGAGAUUGUAAGAAACCACUCUGUAGAUUUCUUUCUUUCUUAAUAAACUUAAUGAUAGCCAAUCAUUUGAACACA